CCCUUAUCCCCUAUAUAAACUCCAUUUUAACUCUCCUUCCCAAGUGUGUUCCUUCUUCGAUUUCUUUCACAAGAAUUUUCCCAAUUUCACUAAUUUUCUGCCAUUUUUCCGUUUACCCUAAUUUCACUGAUUAUAAUCGAAAUCCCCAAUCAUGAGGUUCAUGAAAGGUAGCAAAGUCGAGGUCCUUACCAAGCAGGAGAUUCCAACAGGUGCCUGGCGCUGCGCCGAGAUUAUCGCUGGCAACGGCCGCACUUACAGCGUCAGGUACGGUUGGUUUCCGGUCACUGGCGAGGAGGGGACGGUGGAGAAAGUCUCUAGGAAAGCGAUUAGGCCUUGCCCUCCUCCUACAAACGGGGCCGGUGAUUGGGUUCCCGGGGACGUCUUAGAGGUUUUCGACGAGCUGUGUUGGAAACCGGCCGUCGUCGUUUGGGUUUUCGGUGGAAACAAAUUUUAUGUGAGGAUUAUUGGAUCGAGUAGAGAACUGGAAGUACAUCGAUCUCGCCUUCGUGUUCGACAAUCGUGGGAAGAUGGCAAGUGGGUCCUCGUUGGAAAGGGUUCGUCAAAUUCCUCGUUGAAGAGAAAAAGAUAUUCGCUUGGCUUCUCGGAUGCUGGUGGGCAGAAGAAGAGGGCUAUUGAAAAGGGUAGCGUUGAUGGUAAAAGGAUAAUAGUUCGGCUUCCUUCUCCAGCUUUUAAAAAGGUAGAUGCGUUUGGUUCCCCAAAUAAUAUAAUGGGUGAAAGAUGCACGCCUUUUUCCCUUUAUAGAAUUGAUGAUACCAGUGAUAACUCGAGAUGUGCAUCGUCUGUUGGUAGCUGUAGUGGUUUAGGGAAUAAUGAUCUUAAUUUGUCUCCUGCUUAUGUAACAAACGAUUGUGAGAACUUAGAGGAUUAUUGUAGCGAUGCUGACUCUUGUUGUGAAAGGAGAUGUGGAGAAGAAGGUAGUUCCGGCCGCACCAGCGAAGGAAUGGGAAUGGAUUUCCACAGGUCGGAGCUACAUGCAUAUCAGCAAGCCCUUGGGGCAUUGUAUGUUUCUGGUCCUUUGACAUGGGAAGAAGAAGCAAAGCAGUAUCUGGGGAAUGUCCUGAUGCUUUCUCAGAGUAUCUCAUUGUCACUGUUGAAGGCAUCCAUACAUAGCUUCAAAAGCCAUGAUUGGUUUAAGUUUGGCACCCCUUGCAGUUGAUCUGUGGGCAACAUCCAUGGUUUAUUCCCUAAUGGAUCCCCUUAAACUCUGCUUUUGGUACGGAUAUUUCUAUAAAGCUUUUCGAAUUUGGAUUUUUCUUUUGAAAUGCUGGUAUAGAUUCUUAUAUCUGUUGCCGCUGCCUAUAAAUCAAGACAAUCUUAAAAGACACCCGACAGUUUUAGUAUUUUAAUUGGUAGGUCACAGUUGCACUUAAAAAAUUCAAAUUGUAUUAACAGUAAAUUUGGUAUUUCUGGAUGAUCAUUUCCAACACAAAACCUUUAAGGCUGCAUAAUUGAUGAAUUGCUCCGAACCUGCCCUAGUCUCUCUCUGCGGAAACACUUGUAUUAACUGCUUGAGUAGAUGAGAUUAUCCUAGCAUCCUU